AAAACAAUGAAGACACCUUAAACCAUACAUCUAAAUAUUAUAUACAUCGGAUUUAUUUGGAUUGUAUUUCUUUGCCUUGCAGAAUGGGAGUCCUUUAAAUAAAAAAAACUGAACAGCUUUAUAAAUGUACGUGAAUAUUUUAGCAACUUCACGUAAACCAAUGCAGUAGCGGCAGAAGCAGACAUGUGAAUGGUGAUACUUCACACAGACACAAAUCAUGUCUAAAGUUUGUUUCGUUAUCUCGCCCUGUCUGGGUGUCGUUAACUGGUUGCUGUGCGAGCUCUCCACACCCAGAGGAAAAGGGGCCGGUCAUUCCUUGUUCCCGUCGCAUCCAGCCCGUCAGAAUGGAGAAAAAGGUGGCCAGAGAAUUCAGGCAUAAGGUGGAUGUAUUGAUUGACAACGAUGCAGAAAAGGAUUAUCUUUACGAUGUAUUACGCAUAUACCACCAGUUUAUGGAUCUCCCCGUUCUGGUUGGAGACCUAAAACUGGUGAUAAAUGAGCCAAGUCGUCUACCAAUGCUUGAUGCCAUCCGACCCCUUAUUCCACUAAAACAUCAAGUGGAAUAUGAUAACCUGACACCAAAACGAUCACGGAAAUUGAAAGAAGUGCGUUUAGAUCGAACUCAUCCUGAAGGCCUUGGCUUGAGUGUGCGAGGUGGUUUGGAGUUUAACUGUGGCCUCUUCAUCUCUCAGUUAGUAAAAGGAGGACAGGCAGACAAUGUCGGCCUACAGCUUGGAGAUGAGAUUGUUCGGAUAAAUGGUUACUCAAUAGUAUCUUGCACCCAUGAGGAAGUGAUAAACCUAAUCCGCACUAAAAAGACUGUUUCUCUGAAAGUCAGACAUGUUGGAAUGAUUCCAGUCAAAAGUUCUUCUGAGGACUCUUUGAAAUGGCAAUUUGUGGACCAGUUUGUGUCAGAAUCUGGGGAUGGAAAGAUCAGUUUAGCUGGCUUGGCUUCACUGGGAACUAAGGAAAUCAAGGAAAAAAAAGUCUUUAUCAGCCUAGUUGGCACAAAAGGCAUGGGAUGCAGUAUUUCUAGUGGUCCAACCCAGAAACCAGGGAUCUUUAUCAGCAAUGUGAAACCAGGAUCUGUAUCAGCAGAGGUUGGCCUAGAGGUUGGAGAUCAAAUUAUCGAAGUAGAUGGAGUAGAUUUUGCAAAUGUGGAUCAUAGAGAGGCUGUCCGAGUGCUGAAAAGCAGUAGGAGCCUAACAAUUGUUGUACUCACUGGCGCAGGGAAAGAGCUAUUCCAAACAGAACAAGAACGAAUGAAUGAACACUAUCGACGUGAACAAGAACGUCAGGAAUUGAUGCAUCAGAAAAAGAUAGCAUUGGAAACCAACAAAAUUGUAAAAGAACAACAAGAGAAGGAGAGGCUAAGGAAAUUAGAGAUUUCCCAGAAAACUGCUGAAGAGCAAGAGAGAUAUCACAAGGAAAUUGAACAGAUAGAAGCAGAGGAACAGAAAUUUAAAAAGGAAUGGAAUGAAGACUGGGGACAACGAGAACAACCCAAAAGUCUGAAAUCAGUUAGCACCGAUGUUUCCCCUCACCCACCACCGAAAACUAAAACAAUUGGUUGGUUUUAUCGGUAUGAUGGCAAAUAUCCCACUACCCGAAAGAAAGGGAAGGAGAGGAAGAGGUCCAAAGCUGAAAUAUUAUUUGACCAGAGGAAGAAUAAGAAGGAGCUGGAAUUUGAACAGAAACUCGCAAAAGAAAAAGAGGAGAUGCUGGAGAAAGAAAAACAAUUGAAAAUAAAUCGACUGGUCCAAGAGGUAUCUGAAACAGAACGUGAAGAUCUGGAAGAGUCUGUAAAGGUUCAGCACUGGGUAGAGAGGUUGUGCCAGACUCGAUUAGAGCAAAUCUCAUCAGCAGAGAAUGAAUCUCUUGAGGGGUCAAUUGCACCACCACCUCCUUCAACCUCUGUACGGAAGUUUGUCAGUGGCCUCCAACUGCAUACCACAGAUCUUGAUGACAUCAACUUAGAUCAAUUUGAGCAAUCAGCAAAGCGGAUGGCACCUCUUCCACCAGCAUCUCAUCUUGUUCCACUACCACAGCCAACCAAGAUUCUAUCACCAACUGUCACACCAUCACGGAAAAAGCCUGCCCCACCUCCACCAUCUCUAUAUCAUCCAAACCCAUCUCACAUGGGUUCCCCAGUUCAACUUCCUCCACAACCACUUCCUCCCCCUCCACCACCGCCCCCUCCAAUACCCAUUCAUCCUAUUGCUUUAGCCUGUUCUCAUGGUACCAUCCCAGAAGCAAGGGAAUGCAACUUAAACUAUCAUUCCCAUGCUGGCAUGGAGUCAGCUAAUGAUUGGCAAGUAAACAACCAUAGCUCAAAAGUUGGCUAUAGUCCUGUGCACAUCCUGGCUGGUGAACAUUCAUAUCCAAAUAGUUAUAAGGUUACAAGAAACACAUCUCAUGCAAGCAGAGUAUCUUCCACAUCUAAUAUUCCAUUGCAACUAGCCCCAAGUCCACCUAUCCAAAAGCGACCAGUGGGGCCGAUGGCUUCCAAACCAAUCAUGUUGUCCCCUAGCUCUACCCAAAUGAACAAGACAAGGGUUAAAAUGGAAUUGCAACCAAAGAUGUUGAAACGAAUGGUGGUCUACAACUCGUCGUUUUGUUCUCAAGGAAAGCACGGCUUCCAGAAGUACGUGGAGGACUUUGAUCCUUAUUCCAUGUUCACACCAGAGCAGAUUGCAGGAAAGGAUGUUCGUCUCUUGAGAAUUAAAAAGGAAGGACCAUUAGAUCUUGCAGUAGAGGGGGGCAUCAGUUCCCCUCUUGGAAAGAUUGUCGUAUCUGCAAUCUACGAUGGAGGUGCUGCAGAUAAGCAUGGUGGAAUAGUGAAGGGAGAUCAAAUAAUGGCUGUCAAUGGAAAGAUACUCACUGAUGCCACCUUACAUGAAGCUCAGACAACGCUGGCAAAGUCAUGGAAUAGUGGUGGUGACUGGAUAGACCUUGUAAUUGCUGUGUCCCCACCAAAGGAAUAUGAAGAUGAAGUGACAUUCUUUUGACAAUGAAGAAACAUAAGCAUCAGAAGAAUGAUGCCUCUCAGAAUCAAUUUAUUUCCACAUCGGCCAAUAUUAAAUUCUAUGAAAAUGAGAAAGAAGAAAGCAAAUCAAAUUGAUUCAUCUUAUUAAGGAAGUAAUGAUAAUGAUAAAAGAUGCAGAUGAUACAUAUUGCUACAAGUAGUAAACAAAAACUGAACAUUUUUAAGUGAAUUUAACAGGAGCAUUUAUUUGAAGUGUUAUAAUUUUUUUCAUGUACCUGUGUCAAAUUAGUUUUCAUUUGAGAUCAUAUUGGAAGAUUUGGCAAAAAAUGACCCUCUUAUGACCAUAUUUUCAAACAACCCUAUAAGCAUACAAAACAAAGAUUUAAUCUGAGUCAUGUAAACAAUGAUGUGAAGAAAUGUACUUUACCCUCAUAAGUCUAUCUAAUAAGGUUUGGUUGUAGGUUCAUUAAGCUGUUCCAGAUCUGUAUAUGUCUGAUAUUGAUCUGCUGACAGAAUUACGAAGGUAGAUUGCAUGUUUUAUUAAUUGAACUGGAUAUAGCAAUUGCGUCAGAUGAGCUAUGUAUUUUUACUGAUAGCAAAUGUACUAGGUAACAAAAACAAAAUCAAGAACUAGGAAAUAAAUCUCAUCUCAAAGGCAUAAUAGUAAAGCUACUGUUGUUAAGUACAAUGAAACUGUAAUGACCUUUACAAAUGGAAUCAUGAUAACUUUCUACUGUUACUGCUAAAGAUGAUUAAUUGACACACUGAAAGCAAGAAAUUAGACGGGGAAGGUUCUUGUUAGACAAGGCUUCAGGUGGGAAGUACAAAUUUCAUGGUGAUACCACCUGACACCUACUCCUGAUGCCAGGAUUGUUGAAUGAAGGACCAUAAAGCAGGAAGCUGCCAUCAUCUUCAUUGUCCUCACCAAUAUUGAAUGCUGCAAAGCCCCUUACAGCCUGUCCCAUCAUGCAGAAAACCAUUUUCUCUGAAAGGAUCAGGAGACAUAAGCGUUUCUUGUCCUCUACUAGUUCUGCUUUCUUUUUAUUGUUUUUCUUAGGUUGUAGGUGCCACUGGCUAGGUCAACAAUUGUUGUGUUUGAGUGAGUGACAUUGAGCUGUCUUCUUGAAACGUUGAAGCCCAUGUGGUCUUAUAUAGCCACAAUGUUAGGAGGAGAGAGCAAGAAUUUUUGACCUAAGAAUGGUGAGGAGAUUGUGAUAUAGUUCCAAGUAAGGAAUGAGAAUGAGAGGGCAACUUAGCGGUAAUGCUGCCUUUAAACAUUUAGAUUCAAGAAAUUGCAGGUUUGGUAUGUGCUGACUAAGGAGCCUUAGUGAGCUACUGCAAUGCACCUCGUGGAUGGUACGUGCUGAUUCCACUCUGAAUUGGUGGUGGGAAUUGAUGAGGUGCCAGUCAAGUAGGCUGCUUCAGCCUGACUGGGGUGAGUUUCUUGAUUGUGUUUGAAACUGCAGCAAGUCAAACAAGUAGAAAGUACGUCAUGAUGCUCCUGACAUAUGCCUUAUAGAGUUCAGGAGUCACGUGGUAGAUUAUUCACUGCAGAAUUCCAAGCAUCUGACCUCCUCAUGCAACCAUUGUAUUUAUAUGGCUACUCCAGUUCUGCUUCUGAUCAAUAGUAACUGGCAGGAAGGAUUCAGAAAUGGGUAAGAAAUUAAUUAUCAAGAAGCAAUGGAUAGAUUCUCUCUUGUUGAAGAUGAUCAUUGUCUGGCUCUUGUAUGUUGCGAAUGUGACUCGACAGUUAUCAGUUCAAUCCUCAACAUUGUCCAGGUCUUACUGCAUUCAGGCAUAACUUGUUUGGGGAGUGUCUGAGGAGAUAUGAGUGGUGCCGAAUAUUGUGCAAUCAUUGUCAAGCAUCCCCACUUCUAACCUUAUGGAGAGAUGAAACACAUAGGAAUAGUUGGGCUUGGAACAAUACCUUGAGGAACACUGCUGUGAUAUGUUGGAGCUGGAACAAUUCACGUUCAACAACCAUCAUGAUCUUCCUUUAUUUUAGGUAUGACUCCAACAACUGGAGAGGUUUCCCCUGAUUUCUAUUGGCUUUAAUUUCACUAUGGUCCUUGAUGCCACAGUCAGUCAAAUGCUACCCUUGAUGUCAAAGCCAUUCACCUUCGCUUCGCCUCAGGAAUUCAUCUCUUUUGUCCAUAUUGUAACUAGGCUCUGAUGAAGUCAGAAGCUGAGUAGCCUUUGUAGGUUGUUGCUGAAUUGCACAGUCACUGAUGUCUUCUAAAUAUUAUUUGAUGUUUGAGAGUAGACUGAUGAGGCAAUAAUUAACCAGGUUGUAUUUGUCAUGCUGUUGUACACAGCUUAUAUCUGGGAAAUCAUCCACAUUUUUGGACAGAUUCCAAUGUUAUAGGUAUAUUGAAACAGCUUGGCUGUGGUGUGACUAGUUCUGAAGUACAAGUCUUCUAUAAUAUUACUGAAAUGUUAUCAGGGUCCAUUGCAUUUCCAGUAUUUAGUGCCUUUAACUGUUUCUUCAUAUCACAUGGUGUAAAUUGACUUGGUUAAAGACUGGCAUCUAUGAUGUUGGGCGCAUCAGGAGGAGAUAAUCAAUACUUAUAGUUAGAGGUAGUUGGAAAUAUAUCUGCCUUGGCUCAAACUGAAAUCCUGGGCUCCCCCAUCGAGGAGGAUAGUGUGGAGCUGCCUCUUAUGUUUCAUUGUUUCAUCAUCUAAGACCAUGACUGGAUCUGGCAGGACUGCAAACUGGAUAUCUGAUCGGUUGGUUGCAAUGUCUCCUUCCUCCUACUGUGUGCCACUAUGUUCUGCAAGAGAGAAGAUAGAAUGUCACCGGCUAUGUAGGAAUGUAGCACAGUGGCUCAGUGGUUAGCUCUGCUGUCUCACAGCUCCAGGGAGCUAGAUUCGAUUCCAACCUUGAGCGACCAUCUAUGUGGAGUUUGCACAUUCUCCCUGUGUCUGCCCUGGUUUCCACUGGGUGCCCUAGUUUCCUAGUGCAAAGAUGUGCAGGUGGGUGGAUUGACCUGCUAAAUUGUUCCAUCAUGUCCAGGGAUGUGCAGGUUACGUGUAUUAGCCAUUGCAUGGGGAGGUGGUGCUGGGUCUGGAUGAGAUGCUCUUCAGCAGGUUGGUGUAGACUCAAUAGACUAAAUGUAGGAAUUUUGUGGAGUCUGUGAAUGUAUUUGGGUGAUAUGCCCACCACAACUAAGUAGCUGUGGAGUUAGUGAUAGGUUGGUAUGAGGCUGACAGCAUUUAUAGGUAGUCUCUGAAUUUAAUGUGUGAUUCCUGAGGGCCAGGAUGUGCUUCUGAGUGAGUCAUUGGGGCAUUGCAUAGCAAAGACUCUGAGAUAUUGAUAUUGUGGUGGAUAGGGGAUUCCAUAUGGGCUCACUGUCUUAGAGUUCCUCUCGUACUGCUGUAAGACCCUUUGGUUCACACUUCAGGAGUUCAACUUGUUCACCACCUUUUUCCAUUCCUUCACUGGCUAAGCCUUGGGAGUCUUCUGGCCUCACCCCACCCCCACUACCACCACCAUUAAUGCCUCCAGUGUAACAUUACACAACUUUCAAUCAUUCUGUGUGCCCUAGUGUUCUUUAUGCAGGAUUUCUAUUGUGGCAGACUUAUUCCUUUUCCUUCUUUCUAAAGGCAGCCAAACUUUAAGAAAAAGCAUGCUGCCUGUGCAAAAUGUUGUAUGGCCAGAGAUGUGAAGAGCUCACUGGCAGUAUGCAAAUGGGAAGGUCAACGUUGGGAGGCACCAGAUACUCAUUUGGAUGAGGUGUGUAGAUAAAUUUUGUGUCUUACCCAUUUCCAUCAAAACAUGUGUCUGCAUACCACACAUUGCAGGUCCCUUGCCCAAAAAGUAGUGUUAGUGAAUUUCACGCCCACUAAGGCUGAUUUUCUAAUCAACUUUCACAUGCUGGAAUGGAAUUUUUAAAAUGUGGACCACCAUUUUUAUCAGAGUUGCCAUUGGAAUUGCUAAAAACACAUCCACCAAUUGAUUUGAAAUGAUGAUUUUUGAUCAUUUAUAGUUUGUACAUUUUUUUACAAUUAAUAUGACACAGAAAAUGAAUAAUAGCAACAGGUUAGAGAGUAGAAGAUUGUAAUCUAUUUAUUUAAGUAUAGUGAUGACUAUUGAAUCACCUGCACUCAAGAAUUAAAUGGGUGUAUUGCUCAUAAUGUGUUGUUUAACAAAUCUUAAAUAAAACAGUUUCUGAGCACA